AUGACUUCAAAAUCGUCUGUCAAGCGGAACUCAAGCCAGGCCAACCGCCUCCCAGCGCCCUCUCUCUUCAUCGGCCCGCCCUCGCGCAAUGCCUCAGACACCUCCAUAAUCCCGCCCACCUCGGCAGCUGGCACCGGGAGCAAGACGCCCGGCGCGCGCGGCAAUCCCCUGUCACGGCAGCGCUCCCAGCGCACCGAAGCGGCCGCUGACGGCGCCGGCAACGGCGCCACUGCCAUGAACCGCAGCAACAGCAGCAGCGGCGCAGCAGGCCCAGGCGUAUCCUGGAAAGAUGCGCCUCCACCGUUGCAAUCCCCGCUCUUGCACCAGGCCAACAUCUCGACCAUGGACCAGGCCGCUCACCACCAUCACCACCAAGGCCAGCACGACCAGCCCAGCACCGACGCCAUCUGGGCGGAGAUGCAGAACACGCUCGAGGAGGUCGAGCUGAGCGCGACGACGGGCACGCACGUCUUCCGGCCGGGCCACUCGCAGGCGCUAGACGAGCUACGCACCGCGCAGAUCGCGCUGGCCCAGGCGUGGGCGCGCUCCGAGGCCGAAGAGGAGGACAGGACGAUGACGGAGCAAGACGAGCUGCUGCGGAACAACGGUCUGCACGGAAGCAGGCCGCUCAGCGCCGCCAACGUCCUGCAGAUGGACCGCGAGCAGAAGCUGAUGGGAGGCAGCGUGGGGCCCGCCGCGGCGGUUGCGGCGGCAAUGGGGGCAGGAGGCGCUGCUGGCGUGGCUGGCGGUGCUACUGCUUCUGCUGUUGCUGGCGGUACGCGGCCGAGAAGCGGGACGGAGACGAGCGCGAAGAGUCAGCUGGAGCGGGACACGGAGAAUGACAUUCAGUUGGCGAGGAAGAGGCGGGAGGCGAACGACCGAUACUUUCAGCGGGUGAAUGCAGGAGUGCUAGAUGUAGUGGCUAAGCUGGAGGAGGUGGCCAAGGCGAUGAAGGGCGUGGAGCAGGAAAGCAAAGAAAUUUGGGGGGAUGCGGAAAGCGUUGAUACGGCGAGUGUCGUGAGCAAAUGA